AUGUAAUAGCAAGGUUAAGUUCCACUAUAAAUAGGACAUUAUUUAUUAGGGAAGACUCUAGGUGUAGGUUCUUUUGGGAAAGUGAAGUUGGCUAGACACAAUAUCACAAACACUUAAGUGGCAAUCAAAGUCAUCAAUAAGAAAAGAAUGAAGAACUCGAAAAUGGAAGACAAGAUUAGUCGAGAGAUACGAUAUAUGAGACACUUCAAUCAUCCUAAUGUGAUCAAACUAUACGAAGUUCUUGAAACUGCAGGAGACGUCUUUGUAGUAAUGGAAUAUGCAGAGAAAGGGGAACUCUUUGAUCUGAUUGCCUAAAGAGGUAAAUUGCCAGAGACAGAGGCUCGUAAUCUCUUUUUAUAAAUAUUAAGUGGAGUCGAUUAUUGUCACAAUAAUCUUGUCGCUCAUAGAGAUCUUAAACCUGAAAAUAUACUGAUAUCUCAUAAUAACACUUUGAAGAUAGGAGACUUUGGACUCAGCAAUAAGAUGAAUGAUGGUGAAUAUCUAAAGACACCUUGUGGGUCUCCUAAUUAUGCAGCUCCAGAGGUUAUUUCAGGUAGAACUUACUGUGGGACAGAAGCAGAUGUGUGGAGUUGUGGAGUUAUUCUCUUUGCAUUGAUAGCUGGAUACCUACCAUUUGAUGAAGAAACCUCGUAAGCCUUAUAUAAGAAGAUUAAGACUGCUGAUUACAUAAUCCCUAAUAGUUUCAGUCCCUAAGUGCGAGAUUUGAUUAACAGGAUGUUGACUCCAGAUCCUUUAAAGAGAAUUAAAUUCCAUGAGAUCUAUCUGCAUCCCUAUUUGAGGAGCAAUCAAAUUCCAUUUUACUUGUAAAUCCCAAUUAAAUUGGAUGAAGACAGAAGAGAAAUCAAUGAUGAAGUCUUCAAGAAAUUAAUGGAAUUGCCUUCUGUGAAUGUCAAAGGGAUUUCUCAAGGCUAUAUAUAAAAGUGCAUACGUGAGAGAAAAGAUAAAUCAAUCGUUGUGAUGUAUGAUCUACUGCUAAGAUAGAUGGGAAUUGGAUCAUCAACUCCCAUGACUAUAAAUAACCUUACAAAAAAGGAUUUGAUAUUCAAUCCUCACAUUCCAUAAUUGGAUGGGUAAUCAUUCGAAAAUAUUCUACUCACAGAAAUCCAAAAACCUGCUCCAUAUGAUUAUGGGAAGGAUCUGCAAAAGGACAUCAUGGCCGUUGUUUAUCCAUAUCAAGCUAGAUAAAUCGUAAAUGCAAUUUAUACUUGCUUAGAGAAGUUUAAUACUAUCAUUGAGGUCAAGAGUCCUUAAUACAAACUUAAGUGUUAUCAUCGGAACUUGAUUAAAAUGACCAAAUAUAAUUCUAAUGUUGAGUUGUUCAAUGAAUUUCAAAAAGACGAUGAAGCAGGAUCAAAGAAUGAUUUGCCAUCUCUAAUUUAAAAAGAGGAAAAUAAGGACAAAAAUAAAAAGACUAAUUAAAAUAAAUAUUCGCCAAAGGAAAUUAUAUUCUACAUUAAAAUUUACUAAAUGCCUACCAAUAAUAAUGAUCACAUGAUUGAUUUCUAAUUACGCAGAGGACAUCCUGUAGUUUUUAUGGACUAUUGCAAUAAAGUAAUAGCGUUGCUUAAUUAGCACUUCAAUUAGUUUUGA